UCAUGAGUGCCAAGACCCAAAAGACAGAAAGAUGAUCAAUCUCCUUUUUUUUCUUUUACUUUUAUAUAUAUAACCGCAAAAAUUAAAUCUUUUUUCUUCAUAUUUUAUCUUCGCUUUUCCAGCAAACUUUUUGAUGAACCAUCAGCUGGUGUGGACAAUUAUUUUUGUCAUUGCUCACAACGGUCAACUUGCAUUCGGCCAAGCACAACAUCAAGAGAAUAAUGUCAAUGUCAAUGCCAGUGAUACCAUCAAAUUCGGAACGGGCCCCUUCUGGGGUUCCGUUAUUGCCGUAAUAUGCUUAGUAGCCGUGAGCGGCAUGGUAGCAGGUCUCACAUUGGGAUUAUUAUCCCUGGAUGAAACGAAUUUAACGAUUUUAGCAACAGCCGGUACAGCAAAAGAGAAACAGCAUGCCAUGCGGAUUUUACCCAUCAGAAGAAACUGUCAUUUACUCCUCACGGCUCUGGUGUUAACAAACACAGUUGUCAAUGAAACCUUGCCCAUUGUUUUAGACAGCAUUCUUGGUCAAGGCUAUAUUGCCGUUAUCGCUUCCACCGUUUUGAUUGUUAUCUUUUCCGAGAUCUUGCCACAAGCUGUAUGCUCUCGGCAUGGUCUCGCUGUGGGCGCCAUUUUCGCUACUCCCGUACGUCUCGUGAUUUGGUUUUGGUUCAUUAUUGCCUGGCCUAUAGCCAAAUGUCUGGACUGGCUGUUGGGCGCCAAUCAUGGUUCCGUUUACCGCCUCGAAGAAAUCCGGGAAUUGAUUGAUAUGCACGGUGUGGUGAGGGGACGAGGCGGCCAACUACAUAGCGGCACCGUACAACUCGUCCAUGGAUCAUUGGAAUUGCAGAAUAAAACCGCAGGCGAAAUUGCACGCUCUGUUGAUAAUUUCAUCCUCGUCGCGUCGAAUGAACUGAUCACGCCAUCAUUGUGCCAUAAAAUCAUGCAGCAUGGUUGCACACGGAUUUUGAUUUUCGAACGCAUGGAUCAUGCAUCUGGGCGGCGUAUAUGCGGCAGUUUAUCGGCCAAGCUUCUUUUCAGUUUACAUAAUCCGGAGGAGGCAAUCACGUUAUCAAAAAUGGCAUUGGAACCGGUGGUCAAUGUCUUCGACAACGCAGCUGCCGUCACUUUAGUAUCCACAUUUCGCGAUAAACCACAUCAAGUCAUUGUUGUGUAUGCAACGAACGAAUGCAAUAAAGAGACAUUAAUCACCAUGGAUAAACAAGCGGAUACUGUAUCAUCGUUGGACGAAAAGAAAGCGGACUCAAUAUCUGUUUCAGGGAGUGCAACGACGCUUCACUCUUUACAUACUGGCGAUGUUAUUGGAGUCAUUACUUGCGAGGAUCUGCUGGCUCAGAUACUGUAACAACAACAAAUCCGACAUUUAACUACUGUACAGCCAACCAAAAUGGAAUGCAUUUGUUCCAAUAGUAAUGAUGUGUCAAGUGACUAUUGCUUGUCGUAUCUAGUAUAAAAGCAUCAAACAAGAAAAAGUCUUGCGGAUUACCUUGCAUAAAUAAAAAUGAAGCGUAAAAUUGUUAGUCAAUU